AUGAUCGAUAAGAAGGACGACGAGAAGAUCAGCAAAAGCAUGAACAUGCAAACAACAUGGGGAGGACAGACACAUUCAGGACAUACGAUCGCCGACCAACCCGAACGAUCCCGCCAGGUACUCGCGCUUGGUUUCUCUGAGCGCCGGGCCGCGGAUGACCUCAUCCAGGAGAUCGAGGGUAUGCUUAAAGAUUUACUUGGGGAGGACUUUGCAGCAAAGGUUGAGGCCCCCACGAUCCCAUCCAAAAUGGGUAUCAUCACGUUCCGGAGCAGGCCAUCUGUUGAAAAAUAUGUUGAAGCAUCUAUGAAAUAA